GCUACUUUGGUUUACGACGUGAAAGAUUGCAAGUCUGCGCCAGUUGAAUUUACAGUUCAACCUGUUGGACGCUGUUCGGCGUCAACAAUAGCUGCAUGCCAGAAGAUCGACUUCUGGUCCUCCGCGUUAUACCAAGCAUCUGACUGUGUUGAGGAUGUGGCUGAGUUUGCUGCCUCGAAGUUUGGUAAUGUUCCGUACCUGAUCGUGGAGAAUUAUGCCGCCGACACUAAUUGCCAAACUCUAAAAACCGCUGUGGUGUACAAAGCUGACGGCAAAUGCUACCCGCGAGUCAGUGAUGGCACCUACUUCAAG